AGUCAAACGAGCGAUCCAUUUUAGCCAACUGUUUUCCAUCUUGUUUUGCAGUACAGCUUGAGAAUCUCAAGCAUCAUGUGUGUUGACACAUCGGAAACUGCAUUGUCAAGCUUUUGAAGCCCAUAUUAGAAGCUCCUAUUGUCGACAAUCAUUCAACACUGAACGGAGGGCAGGGUUCAAGAUGCCAUGGAAAAUUCCGAUGGAGAUGUGGGGUCAGCCCUUGCCUGAGAAGAUAGGCUCUGCUCCUUUGGAUUGGCGAUCUCUUGGCUUCGAAUAUGUUCCAACUAAGUCCCAUAUCCGCUUCGCUUGGAAGGAUGGAGUGUGGGAUUCCGGCCACGCAUUUCAGGAUCCGUACUUGCCGGUGCACAUGCUGGCCAAUGUCUUCCAUUAUGGACAAGCACUGUUUGAAGGCUUCAAAGGUUUCCAUACCAAGAAUGGUGAUGUUUGUACAUUUGCCGACAAACUGAGUUGGCAGCGCUUGAGCCAUGGCUGUCGGCGCUUCCGCAUGCCCGAGGUGCCACUCGAAAUAUGGGAGAAUGCCAUCAACGAAACAGUGAGGGACAAUGUGAGCUUCAUCCCUCCAUAUGGUACUAAUGGGUCCCUAUAUGUGCGACCCUUUCUGUUUGGCAGUGGUCCAAGGCUUGGCGUUGGACCUUCCACUGAAUACACCUUCGUGGUGUUUGUGAAUCCUGUUGGCAGUUACUAUCAAACCGAUAGUGGUGCAAUGCAGGCUUUGGACGGAUUGGUCAACGACACGUACGACCGAGCCGCACCGCUUGGGUGCGGUGACUGCAAAGCUGCUGGCAAUUAUGCUGCAGACCUCGAAAGCAUGCACGCGGCCAAAAGGCUGGGCUAUCCCAUCAGUCUUUAUCUUGACGCACGAGAACGCCGCUAUGUUGAGGAGUUCAACACCUCGAAUUUCGUGGCCAUCACUAAGGAUGGUCGCUACGUCACACCGGAUGCACCAAGAAGCGUGCUGGAUAGCAACACCAACAAGGUUUUGCAGCAGCUUGCUGUCGAUCUCAAUCUACCCGUUGAGCGACGACAGAUUGACUUCGAGAAGGAGGUUGACAGCUUCGCAGAAGUUGGUGCCGUGGGGACUGCUGUGGUAGUGACACCCAUCAGGUCCUUGACUCGCGGCAACCAGACUUGGACUUUUGGAGAGCCAAAGGUCUUGCGAGAGUUGCGUGACAGGGUGCGUGCCAUCCAAAAUGGAGAGGUCGAGGAUAAGCAUGGGUGGAUGCGGCAAAUAAAGCUGGAUGAUGCUCCUCGAGAUAAGACCGUGUUGAGCGUUUACCCUGGCCUUUGACCCUCGGCAGGUCUCUUGGCAGACUGAUUUGAAUGCAACUCAACUUUCCCAAAAACACUCGCAGACUAAGGCACGUGCAAAUAAAACAUUAGUACUGUUGUGAGCCGAGAUGAUCCAGCAGGGAUACAGGCCCCAGGCGGUAGGUUUUUUCGUGAAGCAUUACCCGCUGGUCUAGAGUCCGCUCGUGAAGAAGACCACUCCCAAAACAGAAAGGAUAAUACAAUGGAUAACUUGACAAGUGCAAAGUUCAAUUUUGUGACAAGAACAAGGACGCUAUUAGGUGGAGGCCAUCGCAAGUAGGUUGGAGGACAUCGCUACUAGUAACAAGAAGCUACUAGGGUGGAGGCGUUUGAUUAUGUUUUACCAAUACUGGUGCUCCAAGCUUCGGGUGGUUGGUAGUGUGGCGACCCGGGAGCAGGGUCACACGACUGCGAACGCGAACCGGAUAAAUUGUGUUCCAGCAAGGUUGUGUCUUGACUUGCGGUCCCUCCUGACGGGAAGGUUCCAGAUGAUGACUUCAAGUCAGCUUGAUAUUUUCUUGGCAUUGAAAGGCACGUUUGGUGCUUCAAGGCCAAUAUCAGGCCGAUUCAGCUGCAAAGGCAGCCUUUUUGCUUUUGAUCACUGGCGAUCUGUCAAUCAAGUGGCAAGACAUGAGCACGGUUUCCUUGCUUAGUCAUGCUUAGUACACGUGUUGGCAAUUGGAGUCGCCUUGUUCAGCCGUUUGAAGGCUUUUGUAUCCCAACAGUAUGUUGGUGAUUGAGAGGACAGGUUUCAAA